AUGUAUAUCGGGGAAAUAGCUACAGAUAAUGUUCGAGGUGCCACCGGGUCGCUGAUGAAUUUGUUCGUUGUGUCUGGCAUCCUUUAUGUUUAUGUCAUUGGUCCAUAUGUCUCCUACCAGGUGCUGCAAUGGUGCUGCCUUGCCAUACCCAUUGCAUUUGUUAUCUGCUACUCGCUUAUGCCUGAAAGUCCCUAUUAUUUAUUGGCAAAAAAUCGUAAAGAGGAUGCCUUGAAAUCACUGCAAUUUUUGCGAGGACAAAGUUUAAACAAUGUACAGCAGGAAUUGUCGGAAAUUGAGAAAUUCUUAGAAGAAUCUAAGGCAACACAGGCCUCUAUGAUGGACCUCUUCAAAUUGCCGGGAAAUCGUAAAGCCCUGUUGAUAACCACCGGUCUCCUGGUAUUUCAACAAUUAUCUGGCAUCGAUGCAGUACUCUUUAAUUCCCAAUCAAUAUUUAUGAAUGCCGGCAGCAGUUUAGAUCCAGCAGUGGCCACCAUAAUUGUGGGUACUGUGCAAUUUGCAGCAUCUCUAGUCAUACCCAUCAUUGCAGAUCGCAUGGGACGCCGGGUAAUCCUCCUGACUUCAUCAAGUAUUAUGGCAUUGGCCUUGGCUGCAUUGGGUACAUUUUUCUAUGUCAAAAUGGAUUCCGGCAAUGUGGACUCUAUUCUAUGGUUACCGGUUACGGCUCUUGUGAUCCACAACAUUUUAUAUUGUAUUGGUUUUGGUGCUCUGCCCUGGGCUAUUUUGGGUGAAAUGAUUCCACCAAAUUUGAAAUAUAUUGCCUCACCAAUUGCCACAUCGUCAUGUUGCACUGCUGGUUUUGUGGCCACCUACGUGUAUCCGUAUUUGGAUGCCAUGGGGACUUAUUAUGUUUUCUGGAUAUUUGGUGGAUGUUGUGUCCUGGCUUUUUUGUUUAGUUUCUUUGUCGUGAUUGAAACGAGAGGCUUGAGUUUACAGGAGAUACAAGAUAAGCUACACACAAAGAAAAUGUGA